CUAUUUUUAAUAUAUCAGCGGCCCCUUACAUGCAUUCUCCAUCAGAGUGGCUGAGCUUCGAUUUCGCACCAAACAAAAUAAGAGAUUACAGUGGUUGCGUAGCGCCGCCGUUUUCCUCUUUUUCUUUGGAGCAUCAUACCCAUCCUCUUUUUUUCUACAGUCAAAAAAAAAAUACACACAGUAAUAAUGUCAACUAGAGUUUAUAUUGGUCGUCUUGCACGCGAUGCAAGAGAACGCGACUUGGAACGCCUUUUCAAAAGCUAUGGUGACAUUCGUGAAAUCAACAUCAAGACCGGUUACGGUUUCGUUGAAUUCAGGGAUUCCAGAGAUGCCGAAGAUGUGGUGUAUGAUUUCCAUGGCAAAGAGUUUUUGGGUGAAAGAAUUAUUGUGGAACUUGCCCGUGGCACUCGCCGUGGUAGAGACGGUGGUGGUGGCCGUGGUCAUAAUGACCGCAAGCGCUCGUCUUACCGCCUUAUUGUCGAGAACAUUCCCUCCGGAACCAGCUGGCAGGAUCUCAAGGAUAUGAUGCGCAAGGCCGGUGAGGUGACUUUUGCCGAUGUGAUUCGAAGCCGUCCUGGUGAAGGUGUUGUUGAGUUUGCUCACAGUUCGGAUAUGAAGUAUGCUCUCAAAUCGCUGAACGAUAGUGAACUGAAUGGUGCACGAGUCAGUCUUUACGAGGAUACUGGCCGUCGUUCGUCUCGCCGACGUAGCCGUUCUGACUCACGCAGCCGUUCCCCGCGUCGCCGAUCCUCGCGUCGCUCCCGUUCGCGCUCCUUGACCCCAUCCCGCUCGCGUUCGCGCUCGCGCUCGCCGCGUAGAUCCUCUGGAGGAGGCCGUCGCAGCAGCCGUCGCCGUUCUGAUGAUGAAGAUGCAGACGUGCGAUCACCUGAGCCCGAGCGCUCCAGAGAACGUACCCCUGAAAAGAGAGCCGAGCGCAGCCGUUCGUAUUCGCGCAGCCCUUCUCGCUCUCCCGCUCGCAGCCAAGCCAGGUAAACAAACAUAACAGGAAUUUGGAAACAACAGUAGCAUUCUAUACAUAUCUGAUUGUAUAUUGACAAAUAAUAACAAAUCUGUGUUCGUUUAGUGCUGAUGGCCGCGACUAAAGAAGAGAGCAGAUUUGGUGGGAUGCAGGUUUUCUUGUCCUUUCUUUUUUUCCGUCCUCGUCUAGUAUUCGUACUUUUUUAAGGGGGUAUGUUAUUAUCACGUACCUGCAAAUCCUGUUCUUCUUUGUGAAACAACGUAAACACAGGCAAGAGGAGAAAAAUAAACAUAACAGAUGGAUCAGAAUAAGAAAAACAAUAUACAU